GGCAGAAUAUUCGCGGUUCAACUUGUAGGACGUCCCUUUUGAAAGUUCCGCUAAUAAAAAUGGACCCUUAUGGAGCAGUAUCGGCAGAUCUAUUCGACAUACCAGCUGCGGAACAAGAAAUAACUGUUGGGUCUAACGAUCAACCAAUUGUAUCAGGCAAUGCAAAUUUGCCAGGAGUUGGACAUUCUGCUGUAUCUAGUGCGGGAACCAUCACAAUGGGAGCAGAUGGAACCUUACACUUUCAAAAGGCACCAUCUGGUCAACAAGGCCCACGCGUCAUAAUGUUACAGAGGAGUGCCCCAGGGUCUGGACCGACUGUGCCAAACUCGCCGGUUCAACGUCCAGGAUUAAAGACUGUGAAGAUAAUUACUGUUCCGGGUCAAGGUGCUGGAGGUAAACCUCUAAAGGCAGCAGGUAAGCCAUAACUUGUGUGUAUAUUAUGGUUUAAAGUUUGAUUUAUGGGCAUAUUUUAAUUGUUGAAAUAUAAAGCUCAAUCGAUUAACCACACGCAACGUAGAACAUGGCACAUGCGUACGUUACCUAUGACCGAUUACUGAUCGGUUGCUGGUGUAAAAUGGUAUGUUUUUGAUUGUUAGCUACUUAACAGUAGAGAAACAGUCUUUGGCGGUGAAAGUUAUAUAGCGGUUGGAAGUGCGCAAUCAUCGAAUCACUUAGUUGCGGUUGUACUAAUGAUUCUGCUAAAAAAUUUCAGACGGAUCGAUGAGAAUAUCAGUUGAUUGAGGUAGUUGAGCGACAUAAUACUGAUGCCCAACCACUGCCUCCAGUUCUGACCAGCAUAAGAUUAAGUUGGAGAAACAAUCCGGGACAAGGGGAAAUAUGUGGCAUCUGUCCUUAAAAUCAUUGACUGCCUGAUAGGAUCUAAAUUAUCUUGUUGGAGUCCGUGCGACAAUUAAUCUCAGUCAGUCAGUCAGCUACAACGUAGGACCAGGCGCAUAUAUGCAUCGGCCUAAGUUGUCAUACCGCAUUAGCACAGCAAGAUGAACACCGGAUUCAUAGGAGUGGUUAAUUCAGAGGUGGUAAUAUAUAAAAGAAAGACUGCAUAUAAGAAUAUAGUACAGGAAGAAAGUAUCUACGGUUCAAAGUACGGCCCAAAAUUGACCUUGAUACCUCAAGCGUAUAUAUUUCUUAAAUUUCUUUAUUAAGCUUCAUUUUACACUUCACAUUCUUUUCAAACUAUAUUUCUCGUAAUGUUUUCCACUACAAUGGCUAUCAAUGUUUUCACACCUCUGGUAUUCAUGUUAUCGAUUCCUCUCUAUCGUGAUGUAAGUUGUAUGAAAACCUUCAGGUAUCUGUUUUAGGUACUAGUCUCUGUACAUUUUUGUUGGGAGAAAUAACUUUUAUUAGCUUCCUUUGUGUACAAUUCCUAUGUCAACAUCAUAUUUGAAUUUAAACGUAUGUCUUUAAUAAUUAUUCAAUAAUACUGAAAAUCUUUUAAUCUUCAGUUUCUGUUGUGAAUGAUAGCGUAUGUCGUUCUAUUUUUAGUGAUACCAAUGCAUAUGCUCCAAAGAACUGUCAAAAUACUUCCUGCUGGGGGUCAGCAGGUGAUAAAUUCUAGCGGCGCUACUGUAACAUCAAAUUUCCCACGUGUUCUUACCAUCCGUCCUCAGUUAUCAUCUGGUCCCACAGUCUUGACUGGUGCUACCACUAUUACACCUGUGAGACCUGGCACGCUGAUUUUUUCUGGUGCUCCGUCGACACAGUUCACUGGAUCUUCUGUCAACUAUCAAAGUUCUGAGGAUGUUGAAAAUCAAAUGAUUAUAGGGUCUGGAGGUGAAAUUAUUAAUGGAGCUCCUCACGGUGUCCUUACAACUUCUGGUUAUUACGAUAUAAAUAUGCAUAAUGCCGCUAGCUUCGAACACUCAGCCAGUCCGGCUGGUCGUGAGGAGGGUGAAGAACAAGAACAGGUUACAACCGGUCUGAAAACCAAUGGUCUUCGACGUUAUGCCCGUUGUGUUUGUAACAAGGUUAAAGAGAAAGGUAUAACUUCCUAUAGUGAGGUUGCUGAUGAGCUUGUACACGAGUAUGCUGCUGAACAUCCAAUGAUUCCAUCUGAACAACUUCAUUAUAUUCAGAAGAAUAUUCGUCGGCGCGUUUAUGAUGCAUUGAAUGUUCUAAUGGCCUUAAAUGUACUUCAAAAAGAGAAAAAGGAGAUCCGUUGGGUUGGACUGCCCGUAAAUAUGAUAGAAGAAUGUCGGCGUUUGGAAGAAGAGCGUGAAAAGCGACAGAUUUCUCUGCGGAAUAAAACUGUUGAAAUACAAGAUCUCAUCAUGCAAUUGAUUGCUUUUAAAAACCUUGUAAUGCGCAAUAAAAUCAAUGACCGUUGUAGACGUAAUGGUAUGGUUUCAGAAUCUAACACUUGUGGUGGAUCACGUAACAUCGAUACUGAUUCAGAUAAAAUGACAUCUAAUGGUACUUCGAAAAUUCGUAAUGAAAAGAUUCCUUUACCAUUUUUGGUGAUAUCCACUCACAGGAAAACUGUUAUUGACUGCAAUAUAUCUACUGAUAAGUUGGAAUAUUUAUUUAAUUUCGAUCAAGCCUACGAGAUACGUGAUGAAGUUGAUACCUUAAAACGCAUGGGUUUAAUGCUUCGCCUAGGUACUAUUCAUUGUACACAAGAGGAGUAUAAUCAAUGCUUAGAGUUAGUACCACCAUCUCUAAGAUUUUAUGUAGAGGCCAUUUACGAACGACGUCAGGCCAUUGUACCUGACUUUGAGGCGCUUCAUCAACAAAGAAGGUUAUUCGUUGAAGCCAGAUUAGCUGCUGCAGCUGCAGCCGGUCAUACUGAUGAAGGUGGUGACUCUAUGGGAUCCGGUGGUCAUGGAGGGCCAGUUAACGUGCAUCAACAGUUAGAUCACUCUUUACGUAGUAGUCAGCGAUCACCACUCGAUACCAACUCUCAUUAUACUAGCUUGUUCGAUACAGCGAAUACAAAUGUAAAUGAAGGUGGUUUACGGCAACUCUAUUUAAAUCGAAGUCCAGACGAUGAAGACGGUGGUCAUAUUUCUGGAUCUGUUUCUAAUAGUGGAUUUGUGCCUGGUGAUACUCAGCAUUAUGCUCGUGCAGCCGCAUCUCGUGGUUAUGUUGUACCAGGUGGUCCAGGCGGACUUUUACGCCAUCGACAGCAUACUCCAUCUUCCGGAGUUUCUAGCAUUUUAAACCGUCAGUUUAGAAGUGAUGGAGCUUCUCGCAUGGGUUCGUCAACCUUGAUCAGAACUCUAAUUAGUGAUAGCCGUGAAAUGGCUUCUUCCGUAAUCGGCGUCAACAAUGAGCAUCCCAUGGCUCAUAGUGACGAUACAAAUGAUGAACUAGUGGAUCCUGACGAGAUUAUUGAAGAUCAUGGUGAUGAUGAAGACGAAGAUGAAGAUGAUGACGACAUGGAAGAUGUCUAAACAUUAAUUCUAAAAUUCAGAGACGAUAUUUUGCAAUAAUAACUUGUUUUUACCAAUUAUAUCUGUAUCUAUAUUGCGUAAUUUUGUACAUCAGAUUUUUUUCAUGGUCAUAAAUAAAAGACAUCAAAAGUUAAACGGAUAGGAUUUCAAGAUUUAUGAAUUUAGUUUAUAAUUAUAUGUUAAUUAUCUUAUUUAUUUCCUACUGAAAUCUUUGUAUUUGCGUUCAUUUUGGUGUAUUUUACAGUUAAUGGUUAAACGUACAUAGAUAGCCCUUCUUGUUGUUUACAUGUUCAUUUCUUCUUAUUUUCCCUUAAAUUAAUGUUUACAUUCACCCAUAAUAAAAUUUUUGUAUAGUA